AUGCCCCGCCGCCACUUUGUUUCGGUAACAGGACGAGCGCUUUACGGGUAUUUCCUGAAUGUUAAAUACAAAAUCCUGGAGAAGCAGCGUCGAAUGGAUUUGGAUACUCAGAAAGUGUUGGGCAGCACUCUCUACAAUAAAAUACGAGAGAUCGAAGAUGCACUUCGAAAUCAAAGAGUUCGGAUUCAUCUCGAUCCUUCAUUUGCCUCUCCAGAUGUGACAGAACGCUCGGUCUUCGAAGCACUCCUACUUCGACUGAAGAGGCAAAUCGAUGCGAGCUGUGUACUUGCCGAUCUUUGCUCUCUAGGACCUGCCGCCAAUGCCGAAGAAAGUGCUGCACUAUCUACGGCGGAGAGUGUUCUCGAUCUCCUUGACCAAGCGAUCUCCCCGGUUUCAUCUCUUGAUGGAUCUAAUACGGAGUCUGACUUUGUUUAA